ACGCGCAUUAUUCCAUCCAAAUCGCAGGAACAGGCCAAACGCAAUCUCCUCGCGACGGAAGUGCCGAUAUUGUGAAGCAUCGUUGUCGCUGGAACCAAUUAAGCUUCGGUCGAGCUAGGAGAGCCGCGAUUUGGGCCGCUUGUCCUUCCGUGGCAGCUCGUGCCACUUGAAGCCAGGAACACAUUUCCCGCGUGCACUGCUCUGUUUUCCUCACGACGUUUGAGAAACCUGAAGAAUGUCGCAAAGAGAGUACCACAUAGUUGUUCUUGGAUCGGGUGGAGUCGGGAAAAGUUGUCUAACAGCACAAUUUGUGCAGAAUGUGUGGAUAGAAAGCUAUGAUCCCACGAUUGAAGACUCAUACCGCAAGCAAAUCGAAGUGGAUGGCCGCCAUGUCAUUCUGGAGAUUCUCGAUACUGCAGGGACAGAACAAUUCACUGCCAUGAGAGAGCUAUAUAUGAAGACCGGACAAGGCUUUCUCCUCGUCUUCGCAAUAACGUCUGCAUCUUCAUUCCACGAACUCGCCGAAUUGCGGGAGCAAAUCAAACGUAUCAAAGAAGACGAUAACGUUCCUAUGGUGCUUGUUGGCAACAAAUCCGAUCUCGAAGAGGACCGGGCAAUUCCACGUCCAAAGGCAUUCGCGACAUCUCGGGAGUGGAACACACCUUAUUUCGAGACUAGUGCACGGAGGAGAGCCAAUGUAGACGAGGCCUUCGUCGAUCUAUGUCGGCAAAUCAUCCGCAAAGACGCGAAUGAACGGCGACAUGUUCCUCAAGACCCAAGAACCAGUGGGAAUCCCAGGCGAGCAGGCGGCAGGAGAGACAGGGACCGUCGACAACGACAUCGGCCGAAAUGCACCAUCCUUUGAGAUACGAUACCCCCGUGACAAACGACUGGUGGCGUUUGCGCCUGCUGGACCAGGCUUUGAUUUCCUUUUGAAUCAGCCUCCUUAGAUGAUUUUGAGCAUUGUGACUGCAGUUUAGAGGCUUUAGAAGAACCGUACAAACGGGCAAAUGAUCAUCUCCAAGCGAUACAUGGGCACCCAACCAAUGUUGCUGAAGCGAUAUCCGAAAAUGUGGGUCACUGACUUUUGGUAGAAACUUUAUUGUUGUUCACUCAUCGUGUGGACAUACGGCAGAUCGAUUGUCACGGAA